AUGUUGGCGGGAAGCAGUGCGCGCAUCUUGCGCUACAUUGUUGUUGCCGGUAUUAUUUUGAUGUUCUUUUACCUCUUCCCCGGCUCCCGUUACGAGACCCUCCCGCGAACCGUCCCUUCCCCUGACCAAGCCCGACCUGCCUCGCAACCAAAUCCUCAAAAUGCCGCAGCUGCCGACCGCAAGGUCGAUUCCACGCAAAAGCCUAUGCCUGCCGAUCGCGACCGUCAAUAUGCUGCCUCUCCUAAGCCCGCAGCCGCGAGCACCGAUGCACCGGCCCCCAUAGAAGGCGCCGUUGACACCGGCCCGCGCGCCAAUGCCACCUUCGUCACCCUCGCCCGCAACGUAGAUGUUUGGGAUAUUGCACGCUCGAUCCGCCAGGUCGAAGACCGCUUCAACCGCCGUUUUAACUACGAUUGGGUCUUUCUCAAUGACAAGCCCUUUGAUGAAAACUUUCGCAACAUCACAUCAGCCCUCGUCUCCGGCACCGCGCGCUAUGGCCAGAUUCCUAUUGAGCACUGGUCGGUGCCAGACUGGAUCGACGAGGACAAAGCUAAAAAGGUGCGCGAGGAUAUGAAGGAGCGCAAAAUCAUCUAUGGCGACUCGAUCAGCUACCGCCACAUGUGCCGCUUCGAGUCAGGCUUCUUUUUCCAGCACCCCAUUAUGCAAAAUUACGACUUUUACUGGCGUGUCGAGCCCAGCAUCGAGCUCUUCUGCGAUAUUCCACAAGACCCAUUUCGUUUUAUGAAAGAGAAUGGGAAAAAGUACAGUUUCACCAUUAGCCUACUCGAGUACGUCGACACGAUUCCCACGUUGUGGGAUAGCGCCGUCAAGUUCAUGGAAAACUACCCACAACAUGUGGCGGCCGACAACUCGAUGGAGUUUCUGAGCGACGAUGGCGGCCAAACCUACAGCAUGUGUCACUUUUGGUCCAACUUUGAGAUUGGAAGCCUUGAGUGGAUGCGCAGUGACGCCUACGUUGACUUUUUCAACUCCCUCGACCAGGACGGCGGUUUCUUCUAUGAGCGCUGGGGUGAUGCGCCAGUUCAUUCCAUUGCCGCUGGCAUACUCCUCAACAAGACGGAACUUCACUUCUUUGACGAGAUUGCCUACUUCCACAUGCCAUUUACGCACUGCCCCAACGAUGCACAGGCGCGUAUUGACCUCAAAUGCCACUGCAACCCUAAAGACAACUUUGACUGGAGCAGAUACUCUUGUACCUCCAGGUACUUUGAGAUGAUGGGCAUGCAGAAGCCUGACGGCGUCGAUUGA